GAAGCGAACGUUGUUUAUCAACGCCCUCCUGUUCCCUUCCCAUCGUUAGUGUGUGGCGCUACACUUGUGGCUAAGAAUAACACACCGAAGCAGAAGUACGUUAGCCCUGUCUCGCAUACACACAAACGCACAGCGAGAGAACCGGCCGGCAGUUAGCGUUUGGUGGAUCAUCAACAUCGCUAUCAAUUUCGGUACGCUGGUCGUCGUGACAGCGCGGUGUUGGCCUUGGGCAGCAAGAAGCAACAGAAGCGACGCAUUUGGAGCAUUGACCAUCGCGGCCGCGAAUUAGUCCGGUGUGAAGCGUUCUAGCAAGAGCACAGUGUUGUACGCCAGUGUUCGUCCGCCAGUUCGUCCGUAGUAUCGUUCGUGUAUCGUGCUUGAAAAAAAAGGUGAAAGAAAAUGGCAAACCCCAAGCAGGAGAUCAAAUACACCAAACUCUUCAUCAACAACGAGUUUGUCGAUGCGAAGAGUGGCAAAACGUUUGCGACGCUCAAUCCGACCACCGAGCAGCCGAUCGUGUCCGUCGCCGAGGGUGACAAGGACGAUGUGGAGGCGGCGGUCCGGGCGGCCAAGGCCGCCUUCGCCCGGUCCGCACCGUGGCGCCAGAUGGACGCCUCGGGCCGGGGCCGGCUGCUGAACCGGCUGGCCGAUCUGAUGCAGCGCGAUAUCGAUACGCUCGCGAACCUGGAAUCGCUCGACAAUGGCAAAACGUUCGGCGACUCGCAGUUCGACAUUACGUGCGCGAUCGACACGUUCCGGUACUACGCGGGCUGGGCGGACAAGAUCCACGGCAGUACGGUGCCGUCGGACGGACCGGUUCUGACGUACAUCCGCAAGGAACCGGUCGGCGUCGUCGGGCAGAUCAUCCCCUGGAACUAUCCGAUCCUGAUGCUGACCUGGAAGUGGGCGCCGGCCUUGGCGGCCGGCUGCACGCUGGUGCUGAAACCGGCCGAACAGACACCGCUGAGCGCACUGCACAUGGCGGCGCUGUCGAAGGAGGCCGGAUUUCCGGACGGCGUGAUCAACGUGGUGAACGGGUUCGGGCCGACGGUCGGUGCCGCGAUCGUCGCCCACCCGGACAUCCGGAAGGUGGCGUUCACCGGGUCGGUCGAGACGGGCCGCAUCAUCCUGAGCGGGGCGUCCACGUCCAACCUGAAGAAGGUUUCGCUCGAGCUGGGCGGCAAGAGCCCGCUGGUGAUAUUCAACGAUGCUGAUCUGGACGAAGCGGUUGAAAUUGCCCACAAUGCCAUCUUCGCUAACCACGGCCAGAACUGCUGCGCCGGUAGCCGCACGUUCGUGCAGGAGGGCAUCUACGAUGCGUUCGUGGCGAAGGCGGCUGAGAUGGCCCGCCAGCGCAAGGUGGGCGAUGCGUUCCAGGACGGCGUCCAGCAGGGACCGCAGGUGGACGAGGAGCAGUUCAAAAAGAUUCUCGGCUACAUUGAGUCGGCCCAGGCCGAGGGCGCCCAGCUGCAGGCCGGUGGCAAGCGUGCCGGUACGGUGGGCUACUUCGUGGAGCCGACCGUCUUCUCGAACGUGACCGACGGCAUGAAGAUUGCGCGCGAGGAAAUCUUUGGCCCGGUGCAGAGCAUCCUGAAGUUCAGCACGCUGGACGAGGUGAUCGAGCGGGCGAACAGCACCGAGUACGGGCUGGCGGCCGGUGUCGUCACCAAGGACAUCAAUACCGCGAUCACCUUCACGAACGCGGUCGAGGCGGGCUCCGUGUGGGUGAACUGCUACGAUUAUGUGGUGCCGACGACGCCGUUCGGCGGCUACAAGCAGUCCGGAAGUGGCCGCGAGCUCGGCUACAGCGGCAUUGAGCUGUAUCUGGAAACGAAAUCCGUCACGAUCAAGCUGCCGGCGAAGGUGUGAGCGUGAUGAUGUACUACUGGAAGAGCUGUGCUUUUUUGUGAGCGUCUUCUGCGGGAAGUAAUAAAGUAACCGAACAUGCCCAUUUCGCA